AAAUACUAUAUUAAUCCAUUCCAAAUUGCAUUGCAUUCUGCAAAAAGUUUGGCUUAUCUUCUUCAAAGCGUUGACUUCAAUUUCUUCAAAUCAAUGUCUUCUUCAUCAUCAUCAUCCUCCAAUCAUCAAUGGCUCUACGACGUAUUCCUCAACUUCAGAGGAGAAGACACACGUAGCAAAUUCGUUUCUCAUCUCCAUGCAUCACUCUCAAAUGCAGGAAUCAACACUUUCGUUGAUUACCAACUUGACAAAGGAACAGAACUUGAAUCUGAACUUCUGAAAACAAUAGAAGACUCUCACAUAUCCAUUGUUGUAUUCUCCGAAACAUACACAGAAUCAAGUUGGUGUCUUAAUGAGCUUGAAAAGAUUAUGAAAUGUAGAAGAAUUUAUGGGCAAGUUGUUGUGCCUAUUUUCUAUGAUGUUGAUCCUUCUGUUGUUCGUCGUCAGAAAGGUGCUUUUGGAAAUGCUUUGAGACGUAGUGCAGAUAGUAGAUACUUUAAAGGAGAAGCUGUGGAAUAUGUGGUUUCUAGGUGGAGAAAUGCACUCAUUCAAGCUUCAAAUUUGUCUGGUUGGGAUGUUACCAAUUGCAGGAAUGAAGGUGAACUAAUACAACAAAUUGUUGAGGAUGUUUUGACAAAAAUACAAAACACAUUCUUGUCUAUUACUGAAUUUCUAGUUGGAUUGGAAUCUCGUGUACAACAAAUGAUCGAGUUUAUUGAAAAUCAAUCAAACAAGGUCUGUAUGAUAGGGAUAUGGGGAAUGGGAGGAUCCGGAAAAACAACCACAGCCAAAGCUAUCUACAAUCGAAUCCAUCGAAAAUUUGUGGAUAGAAGUUUCAUAGAAAAUGUUAGAGAAGUUUGUGAAAAAGAUAAUAGAGGGAUUAUUCAUUUACAAGAACAACUUCUCUCAGAUGUCUUAAAAACGAAGGAGAAGAUACAUAGCGUUGCAUUGGGGCCAAUUGUGAUUGAAAAUAGACUUAAAGGAAAAAGGGCACUUGUUGUACUUGAUGAUGUGACCACAUCUGAGCAAUUAAAAGCCUUGUGUGGAAAUCCGAAGUUAUUUGGUUCAGGAAGUGUGUUAAUUGUUACAACUAGAGAUGUACGUUUACUUAAUUUACUUAGUGCCGACUAUGUCUGUACAAUGACAGAAAUGGAUGAAAAGGAGUCACUUGAGCUUUUCAGUUGGCAUGCUUUUGGACAACCGAGUCCAAAUGUAGACUUCAAUGAACUCUCCAAAAAUGUAGUAGCUUACUGUGGAGGAUUGCCACUUGCUCUUGAAGUCCUUGGAUCUUACUUAUAUGAGAGGACAAAACAAGAAUGGAGAGGUGUAUUGUCGAAAUUAGAGAGAAUUCCCAAUGAUCAAGUACAAGAGAAACUGAGAAUAAGCUAUGAUGGUUUAGAGGAUGACACAGAAAAAGAUAUAUUUCUUGAUAUAUGUUGUUUCUUUAUCGGCAAGGACAUAGCCUAUGUUACAGAAAUACUAAAUGGUUGUGGACUUUAUGCUAAUAUUGGAAUACCUGUCCUCAUAGAACGAAGUCUCAUAAAAGUUGGAAAGAAUAACAAACUUGGAAUGCAUGACUUGCUACGAGACAUGGGAAGAGAAAUUGUUCGUGAAAGUUCAGGAAAAGUGCCUGGGAAGCGUAGUCGAUUGUGGUUUCAUGGGGAUGUACAUGAUGUUUUGACAACAAAUACUGGAACAGAAACCGUAGAAGGAUUGGUUUUGAAGUCGCAAAGCACUAGUGAAGUUUGCUUCAAUGCUGAUUCUUUCAAGGAAAUGAAGAAACUUAGACUUUUACAACUUGAUCAUGUUGAUAUUACUGGAGAUUAUGGACAUCUUUCUAAAGAAGUAAGAUGGCUCCAUUGGCAGGGGUUUACAUUAAACUAUAUACCCAAUUACUUUUAUCAAGGAAAUCUAGUUGUUGUUGACUUAAGGCACAGUUACAUUAAACAAGUUUGGGAUGAAACCAAGUUGAUGGAGAAGCUAAAAAUUCUCAAUCUCAGUCAUUCCAAGUACUUGGAAAACACCCCUGACUUUUCGAAACUGCCGAACCUAGAAAAGCUCAUUAUGAAGGAUUGUCCAAGUUUGUUCAAGAUACACCAUUCCAUUGGUGAUCUUAAGAAUGUUCUUUUGAUAAAUUUGAAGGACUGUACAGGUCUUAGAAGUCUUCCUAGGAAAAUCUAUCAAUUGAAAACUUUGAAAACUCUCGUCCUUUCUGGUUGUUCAAAAAUUGACAAAUUGGAAGAAGAUAUAGUUCAAAUGGAGUCGUUGACAACACUGAUUGCAAAAGAUACAUCUAUAAAAGAGGUUCCCUAUUCAAUCGUAAGAUCGAAAAGCAUCGGUUAUAUAUCCCUAUGCGGAUAUGAAGGAUUAUCACGUGAUGUUUUUCCUUCUCUCAUUAGGUCUUGGAUAACACCAACCAUGAAUUCCCUACUCUAUGUUACCCCAUUUGGGAGCAUGUCAUUGUCUCUAAUUUCCUUUGCUUUUGAGAGUGAUAAUUUGGGCUCUUUAUCACCAAAUCCUAGCAGGCUUUCAAAACUUGAAAGUUUUUGGGUUGAAUAUCGCUUAGAGGUUCAAGUAACUCAAGAAUUAAGAACAUAUCUCGAUGAUCUAUACAAUCUAAAUUUUACUGAGUUUGAAGAAGCAACAUCACAAAGCUCAGGUCUUUCCUUGAGAUCACUUUUGAUGGGAAUGAGCAGUUGCCACAUGGUCGCCAAUACUGGAAAUAGCAUAUCACAGACAAUGUCAGGGGAAUCAUCUAAAGUUCACAAGAAAUAUAGACUUCCAGAAAGUUCAGAAAAACAGAUUAACCAGAGGAUAGACUCUCAGACAAUUCGCGUGGACUCUGAUGAGGAAUAUGAAAGCCUCCCAUCAUUCAAACGCACUAGGAAGUAUUCAAAUGAGAAAGAGAGGGAAGACUUGGGAGAAAUUCCUUUCACAACAUUUAAGAAAUUAAAAAUUAAGCAUUCUAAAGAAAGGAAAUCCAAAACUCAUGAAAGGAGAACUAGAAAACCUCGAAUGAACAGAGAAGGAGAAGAUUCUGUCAAUAGUUUUGAGGAAACAGAAUCAUCCUUUAAAAAGGCAAUGAAGAGUGAUCACUCAAGUGAUGAUGAAUCUACUUCAUCUGCUCACUCCAUCAUAUCAAAGGAAAAGUCAAAUUCUUUGAGAAAGGAGAUUGAAAAUUCUCAUCAAACAUUACCUUCAGUGAAGAAUAAGGCACCGGAUGCCAUAAAAGUCCCCUUUGAUUUUAUCAACAGCUUACCUCAGGAAAAAAUUCUUGAAAAUGGUGCUUCAACCCCCAUUUCUCUAACAUCACCAAAGGGUUCAUGUCCUACAGAAAAGGGUCCAAGUCCAACAGAAAAGGGUCCAAGUCCAACAGAAAAGGUAGAGAAAGUUUCUUCUAAACAAGAAUCAGUUUCUGAGUAUUCCUCAGUUGAUUAUUCUAAAUACAAGGAACUUAUUGAAGAGGAUCCUCUAGCCAUGAUGGAGAAACUCCUUUCUGGUGAAGUCAGUUAUUCUUCUAAGACUUCACAAUCUACAAACCAAAAAGAAACUACUGAAGUUGAGAGGGAAUCAAUUGAAACACUGCUUGAUGACUUAAGACAUCUAGCUUUUUCAAGGAAUCUUUUGAAAUAUCUUCCCAAUGACAUGAACCGUCGAGAAAAGGUAAAAGAUUUAUUACUCGAACUCGAUGAUAGGGUCGAUGAACUGUCUGAGAAACAAGUUUUGGGUCUAUCUGAGUUCACUAAAAUCUUCAAAGAAGCCACAAUCAUCAUUGAUGAUAGUCGAGAUAACGCUGAUUCUCUUCAAGAGCUUGCAGUGAACCAAAAGAACACAAUGUCUAAACUUGAGGCUUCCAAGGACAAAGUAGAGAGAUUUGCUGAAUCAAUUGCUGCUGGACAGAAUAAAGUCAAAUAUAUAGAUCAUCAAAUUGAGGAUAUCGAAACACAAAUUCAAAAACUUAAACAGCAAGUAAAUAAGCUUCGUCUAGAAAAGUCUCUCUUGAAAGAUACUUGUUCGAGAUGUCAAGAAAAAAGCGUUGAAAAUAUGAAAGAAAUCAAAAGUAUAUCCUCAAAUGCUGUGGAAAUCCUUGAGAAAACUUUAAACCUUGAAAAGAAAGAACAAGAAUUCAAUUUGAAUUACAAGAGACUUCAAGAGCAUUAUACCAAAAUGAAAUCAGCACCUCCUUUUUGAAUUUAGACCUUUUUUAACCACUUUAUAAUUUGCAUUGUGGUAUGUAACAAUCAUUGUAAAUGAAAAAAAUUUCAUUUCUUUGUGGCAUGUAAAUGGGAAUUAUAGUUUUCUAGCUCAAAUAUUGAAGUUAAAUAUGAGCUUCUGGUACUGUGUUGGGUUUUACUUGAAAGAAAAGGAAAUAGUGAAUCGUUUUGUGCUUGAUUUAAAAAGUACAUUGUUGAUA